CUGGUAGCUUCCUCUUUCUCUACAAUGUGGGGUAGAUGAGGUUCCCCAUAAACUCGUCUGCCGCAGCAGUAACGUGAGCAGGUAUCGACCAUUGAUAAACAUCACCUAUACUUCAACUUCGCACUAAGUGUCUAUUGCACAAAGCGAUCUUUUGUAGCCGUAUAUCACUUAGGCAGAUCAAAGUUUAACCAUGCUGUCUCAUACUCUCUACACCCAGCUCUCGACAGCAUUGCAAAAGCCGCUGCCAUGCAUUCUCAUUGCUACUUCCAGCAUCAUAGCAGUACUCGUUCUCAGGUCCUUAUUGCGAGAUAUCACUUCACCAUUGAGAGAUAUCCCUGGGCCUUUUAUAGCACGGUACACUCGUUUGUGGAAGCUCCGCGAGAUAUACAAGGGAGCUUUUCAGGAGACCAACAUUGAGCUUCAUAGAAAACACGGGCCUAUUGUUCGUAUUGCACCGAAUGAAUACAGUAUCGAUGAUCCGGAUGCGGUCAAAAUUAUCUAUGGUCUAGGAUCUCAAUUCAUAAAGAGCCCAUGGUACACCGCCAGCGGCGACCCAGAUCCUCAUGGUACUCCUGACCUCUUCAGUGAUCGUAAUCCGACUCGCCACGCAGCCUCACGCCGUAAGGUAGCGUCAGCAUAUUCGAUGACGGCAUUGGCUCAAUUAGAACCCCUCGUUGACGAAUGUUAUGUGGUUCUGCGCGACAGGUUUAUGGAGUUCGCGGACCGCGGCAAAGUGGUCGAUAUGGCACACUGGAUGCAAUGUUAUGCCUUUGAUGUUAUCGGAGAAAUCACCGUGGGAAAGCGCUUUGGAUUCCUCGACCAAGGAGAUGAUAUCGACGGCAUCAUGGCCGCAAUCUCCCAAUACCUCUCGUACGGUGCCAUGGUUGGCGUCUACGCGGAAUUCCACCGCUUUGCCGCAAAGCUGCUUUCUUUCCUUCCUCAGAAGCAGGGUGGUGGGAUGGCCGCUAUGGGUAAAUUUGCAAACGCGCAGGUCCAGCAGAGGCUCUCGACGACGACAGCAGUCGACGGAGGUGAUGACAAACAGCCCAAUCAGAAAGGAGACUUUCUCAGCAAGAUGCUAAACCUCCAUCACGAAAACCCUGAAAAGAUCACAUUGAAAGAUGUUUUCCUAACCUGCAUCACCAACAUCGGUGCUGGGUCCGAUACCACAUCCAUCAGUCUCUGUUCUGUCUUCUAUCAUCUCUGCAAAUACCCAGAAGUAGCACAAAAGCUACAGGCAGAGAUCGACCAGAAAGCCGCGGCUGGCGAACUCGACGACCCGAUCACAUUCAAGCAAGCGCAGUCAAUGCCAUAUCUCCAAGCCGUACUAAAAGAGGCAUUGCGGAUGCACCCAGCGACCGGGUUGCCGCUCGGCAGAGUCGUUCCCAGUGGCGGUGCGGAAAUCGCUGGGAGGGCGUUUCCAGCAGGGAGCAUCGUCGGUGUCAAUUCCUGGGUUGCCCACGCCAACCAAGAUGUCUGGGGUCCUGAUGCGGCUGUGUUUCGCCCGGAGCGAUGGCUGGUCGGCAAAGAGCAAUAUAACCUGCUCGAUAGAUACUAUUUCACGGUUAGUUCAGACUUCAGACUUUCCCCACCCAUUCCCUCCCCAGCUGCAGCGCUUGUUGGAAACCUCCUCAUCACCCUCCUCGCCGCCGACCUGCUACUCCUCACCAGCGUCCUCACCACGCUACUCCUCCCGCACAUCCCCUCACCACUACUAUACCCAGUCUGGGGUCUCGCAAAGACCUACGCGAUCUACCUCCAACUUCUGAUCCUACCGUGCCUCCUCGGAAUCUGGGGUGCCGUAAAGGAAUCCCCCCUCCCAACCCACAUCCUCGCCUCCACCCUCCUCCUCGACGCCCUCCUCUCCCUCCCCCCCCGCCUCCUCCUCCUCGCCUCCCUCGCCCGCGCCCCCGCCGGCUGCGGCGCCCCCGGCACGCCCGCACAGGGUAUAAUCUGGACGCGCUGUGCGGACGCGGCGAUAGGGCCGAUUGUUGUUGUUGUUGUGGUGGUGCUCGGGAGUGGGCUGGAGGCGUGGGGGGGGUGGUGGGUUAGGGGGUGGGGGAGACGGUUGGGGGUUGAGCAGAGGAGGGGGAGGAGGGAGAGGGAGGAGGAGGGGGGGAAGGAGAUGUUUUGUGAUGAGGUUUAGGGUUGGGGAAUGAGUAUGAGGGUGGUGGGUGAGGGGAGGUUGAAAAUUGCUUGGACUUGGGAAUUUGGCGUGAGAUUUGGGGGUGAGCUUGAGGCGUGGGAUAGGACUGGACUGAAGGGGAUGGGAUGGGGCGUUAUUUUUGCCGAGAUAUACUUGCUGCUGGCUGCUUAUGAAUUAUGAUACCCUUCUCUGUCGCGAGUUCUCCGCAGUGUUUGUGUGCCUGAUGGCGAUGCGUGUGGUGGUCUGGUGAUACUUACUCACCUCCUACCUUACAUACUCACGCUGUUCUCACAUCCACAGUAUCAUCCCAGCCAUCAUCGCGUAUCGUCCCAGCGUCCUCCAUCACAUCACCUCACUCCAUACCCACAUACCUCACCCCAUACCCAGCCAGCAGCAACCAAACAAUCAACAAACCCUCAAACAAAACCACCCAUCCAAUCUAAUCCAACUUACCUUACCUCACUCCCCCUCCAGCCUCACACCACCCACCACGGCGCCACACCCUCCCCAGCCAUAUAUCCAGCCACACAGCACCUACCUCUCAUGUAAGGGCCGUCCGUGAACGCGUGGGACGUGCGCCUGGCUACCAGCGUGCGUGCUGUAGUGCAGUGCACCAGCGUAGGUUCGUGCGUCUGGCCGUCCGCCACCGGGCUGUUCAUGCGCUGAACAGUGCAGCAGCAGUAGUGAGUGGUUCGAGCUCGCAUCGUAUCGGAUUUGGGGGUUGGUAUAUUGGCUGUGGCUGAUGGUACGGGGUCUGGGUGAUGUCUGUCUGUGGUGUCUGUAGUGUAGUGAUCCGGGAGAGAGGUCAAGAUGAAGGGCGAGAAGAGUCUUAAUAACACCUCGGCAUCGAUACCCCGACAGCGAGGUUAUGCCAAGAUCUUCCUCUUCUUCUUCUUCUUCAUCUCCCACUCACUCAUUCAUCUCAUCGGGGAAAGCGCGGUUAUUAACUGUCCACACCCCCCAGCUCAUCCCCAUCCACCCCCCCUCCCACGCACUAUCCCCCAUCCAUCCCCAUCUCUCUCCCAGCGGCGCUACUCGACUAGCGCGCCAGUUCUCUUUUGUCUGGUAGUGGUGGUGGUGUGUGUGUCUGCGGUCCGAGGUAGGAUUGGAUAAGUUCUCUGAAGGCCCUCGUACCUGUACCUCUUUGCCAAUCUAUUUUGGUAGGGGAACUGGUGGACGGGGCGGGAGAAGCGAGGUAGAGUGACCUUCCGAGACGGUCCUUUUUUCGUUAGAGAGGGUGGUGGCUUGGCGGGGUGUGGCCGAUGGGAUGGAGGGACACGAGGG